UAAGUUGUGGAUCAGCUGAGUUUGAGGGUUCCCGCCCCAUGGUAACUAUCGUCUCAAGCCCCUGGUUCUUCCGAGAUGAUUUACUUCUCACGGUUUUGGAUCGAGUCAAACGAGAGCGAAAGAUGUUUUGUCGGGACGAGGCCGAAUCGUCGUGUCUGAUCCGUUGGAGGGAAGUUUGCUUUGCUUCAGCCUGUGCUUUUUUUCAGUUGAGGUUUUGUGGAGAACAUGUGGCGGUCAGACUGAUGUAAAAUGGAUCCAGAGGAGUUAGAACUGCAGAAUGACUACCGGUACCGCAGCUACGCGGCAGUCAUUGAGAAAGCACUGCGAAACUUUGAGUCUUCAAGCGAGUGGGCGGAUCUCAUCUCCUCCCUCGGCAAGCUCAAUAAGGCCCUGCAGAGUAACCUUCGUUACUCCCUCUUGCCCAAAAGGCUGAUCAUAGGGAAGCGUCUGGCUCAGUGCCUGCACCCGGCUCUGCCGAGUGGAGUGCACCUCAAGGCCCUGGAAACGUACGAGGUCAUCUUCAAAAUCAUAGGAACAAAAUGGCUGGCAAAAGAUCUCUUCAUUUACAGCUCUGGACUGUUCCCUCUGUUGGGCCAGUCAGCCAUGGCAGUAAAGCCCGUUCUGCUGACACUCUACGAGCGUUACUUCCUCCCACUGCAGCGCGCUUUGAUGCCCAGCCUGCAGGCCUUCAUAACCGGACUUUUACCAGGUCUGGAGGAAGGACUGGAGGUCUAUGACAGGACUGAUGCUCUGCUGGUCAAGUUGUCCUUCUUAGUGGGCCAGCAGGUCUUCUAUUGCGCCCUAUGGGGCAGUAUGGUGGUUACCCCCACGGUCCGACUGCCCGCCUCCACCUUCAUCGUCACUCAUUAUGACCGCAUGACACCGCUGGACCGACAGACGCACAUGUUAGGUUACGGCCACCAUGCAGUGGUGAAGCCAAUCUGUCUUGCUCUGCAAGAUUCAAACGUUUUGGUCCAGAGGAACAUGCUUGAAGUGCUGCUCUACUUUUUCCCCUUUGCCACAUGCCUUGAUCCAGCUCAAGUGGCCGCCACUUUAGCAAAUGAAGACCUGAUCACAGUUGUGUCUGCAGCUUUACUCACCAUCCUCAGAAGAGACAUGUCCCUCAACAGGCGGCUCUACGCCUGGCUGCUAGGUGCAGACAUUAAAGGAGGAAUGGUGGCACCACACCCUUCUCUUUCCACCACCGUAGAAGACCACUCGUCUUUCUACUUUAACACCUACUCCAAAGAUCUUCUUGUGAAGGCAAUGAUCAACAUUCUCAAGCAGAAGGAUGUGGAUACAGCAGCUGAAAGCGUGGUCUGUUACCUUAAACCCUUCCGCAUCAUCAUCAGUCUGCUUGAUAAACCAGAGAUCGGUCCGGCAGUCUUAAACUGCAUUUUGCUCGACUUGGUCAGAGCUUUCCAUAGUUACUGUCGAGAGGCCCUGGGGGAAGAAAAUAACUCGAAGCUCUCAGGAAACCGGCUGGCCAGUAAAAUAAAAGAAAACAAGAAUGCGUCCGAGAUCAUAAAGACCGUCAACAUGCUGGUGAGCUCCAUGAACAGCGAGUUCUUGUGGGAGUACAUGACCCAACGUUUCUGCAUAGCACUCAGUGAAAAAAAUCCACCUGCAUCUCCUGAACAGCAAACCGCUCUUCAUGCCCUGUCGGCCACAGAGAUGUCUGAACUCAUCAUUUUCCUGCUUGAAGUUCUUCCUCUGGAGCUUCAUGCUGACAUUCAGUCACAUUUCUUCCCUGACAUGCUGGGCAUCAUGCUUCAGGCGCUGCGGCGCCACAUGGACUCUGCCAGCCUUGAGGAUGUCACGCAUGGGCUGCGUGCCUGCUUCAAAGUCCUGAGUAAGAUCCAGAUGCCUGUUGCUUACAUGGAUGCUGAGGCGGAGGCACAAACGGAGGAGGCGGAGUUACCGUCACCAGAAGAAGAAAAGACAAGGGAACAGGACUUGGGGGAUGCAAGAGAGAAAGAUAAAAGUGUUAACGGAUUUCAGGAAGAGAUGGGGGGGAGUCAAGGUGUAGAAGGCGAGGCGGAGCCCACGAAUGCUUCUCCUUCAACUUUACGGUCUGAAGACAGUGGACUGGGGGUCAGCGCCUCUCCGUCAGAGCAGCAGCUGCUGCUGGGGAAAAACGGAGAGGGAGCGUGGAGAAAGGGAGGCAGCGUGGACACCAUGAGCCAGUGUCUGCAGGAGAUCCUGGCCUUCAUAAAUACAAGGUACUUGCUGGUGCAGGUUGAGGAUGUCGAGACGGAUAAAAAGCCUCAGCGGAACCAGAGCCCGACCUCUCCGGAUCAGAAGACUUUGUUAGGCAGAUAUGAAAUUAAAGGCAAAUUCACAGAACUGUUCUCCCCAAAUAAGCUCAAAGCCCGGAACUCCAAAUCCCAGCUUCCACCUUCCCCUACUGAGAAGAAAAAGGAGAAUGGGCAUUCAGAGUGCACAGACUGGACGGCCGGCUACAUGCCUCGCAGUAGAGCUGAGAUCCCUGAAGCUUGUCGACAGGCUUUUGUUGCCACUUCCCACCUGAUGCUGGAGUGCACCACCUUCCCAGUGUACUACAGCGAAGAGGACACGCUGGCUCUCCACACGGACAUGUUUGGUCCUGCGGGCUCUUCCGAGGCCUCCAUUCCAGUAUGGCUGAGGUCCCUGAUGAUUCUGUGCUGCAUGUCCAGGGACUGCUUCAUCCAACACACUGCGGUGGCUUCCCUGCUGGAGCUCAUCAACCACUCCCAAUCAUUGGCGCUGGUCAUCCAGGACAAACACAGACGUUACCAGAGCUCAGACAUCAACCCUCUGAGCGGGCGGCUGCAGAUGGUCACCAUGCCCCCCAUCUAUCCAGCCCUGCUACAAGCCAUGGAGGAGAACACAGAUUUCUAUCAGAGGGUGGCACAUGUCCUGUGGAGUCAGCUGGACACUGAGCGCAGAGAGCACCACGUGUCCUGUGUGGACCUGUUUUACCGGCUGCACUGUUUGGCUCCAACCACGUCCAUCUGCGAAGACAUCAUCUGCCAGGCUCUGUUGCACAAAGACAAAGCCGUCCGGCUGGAUGCUCUGCAUCGCUUCACAGUUCUGUGGCACCUGACCCGAGAGGUCCAGACCAACAGAACCAUGUCCGUCAGUCGCUCUUUUGACCGGUCCCUGUGUGUUGUGGUGAACAGCCUGAGCUCUGCUGAUGGCUCCAUCAGUGCUGCAGCUCAGUGCUGGCUGGUGAGAGCUCUGUCCCUCAAUGACGUCCUCCGGAUCCUGGAGCCCAUCCUCUUGUUUCUGCUCCAUCCAUCCACCCAGCGGCGCUCCAUUCAGAUUGUCAAGCAAAAUCUCACAGCCGGUAACCUAAAGAUCUUGAACAGCAGAUGUCGGAGUUCCAACAAAAGCUCUGGGCCUUCUGCAGAUGCCAUCGCAGCUGAUAUUUUAACCUUGAACGUCUCGAAUGUUGUGGAUCGAGAGGCUCUGUGGGCAGAACUGGACGGCAGCUCCGAGCCAACAAACCAACCAGACUCUUUAGCGGCGUCGAGGAGUGAGAGUGAGGAGACCGAAGAGGAGGAGGACAAGGAGCAGGAGGUCGACAGUGUACACACAGAAUCUGCCGACACCAGUGGUGCUCUGGUGUCCACAGAGAACUCCAGCUCAGGCUCCGUUCCGCUCAGCAGCGAGGAUGGGAGCAUGGUCAACGGCCUGCAGAGGGUGGAGUCUGAGCGCACGCAGGCAUCUGACUCGCUGUCGAGUGAAGAUGAGGACGAUGAUGAGCUGGAGGCUAUGGCCAGGAUUCGCUUGGUAAAGCAGGAGCGUGAAAAGAGGGAAGCCAUCGACUCGCUGUUCCGUCACAUGCUCCUGUAUCCCGCAGCGGGCGGCUGGCGCCACCUCCUCCAAGGUUUGUCCUUGCUGGACAGCCUUUUCAGGAGCAGCGCCGAGUGUCCUCUGGUGGAAGCCCUCUCCUCAACCUCGCUCGACACAAGCUUAGCUCCACAUUUAAACCUGGUCUCCAACCUCCUGCAGCGCCACCAACAGGCUCAGGAUGGCAAGAGCUUCUAUGGAGGCCUGCUCUCUCCUUCAUCCACUCCGUCUGCCCCUCCAUCGCUGCUCAUCGAACUGCUGGUCUCACUGUGCCUCCUGUUUUUGCGCUCUCACUACCCUUCAUACUUGAGCCUGACUCCUCUGGACCUGCAGGGGAACAGGGAGGUUCAGGUGAAAAGUGUGACCGUCCUGACUCGUAUCGUGAACCAGCUGUGCUGCACGGCACGGGAAAAAGAGGGCAGAAAUCUGGAGUCUAUCCGCAAAAUCCUCUCAGGCUGUAAAUUACAACAGUACGCCCUGCUUUCUCUGUCUGCGUCCAUGUAUGCCAGUCAGAAAGGAGCAGACAGGGAGCCUUCCAAAAGUGCUGAGGAGCUGGGAGGCCCACCAGAGGAGAGUCUGGUCAAUCUAGGCGAUGCUAGGGGACAGGAGCAAUACCCUCUCCAAAUCGAACUGCUCAAACUGCUCCAUGCGCUCAUUGUACUGGAGUACCACGUGUGGCCAGGUGGUGUCGUCUCCGCCGGUCAGGCCUCGGAGCCUCGUGAGGCUUCAACGCCCAGCACCCCUCUGGCUCGCGAGUGGCAAACCGCCGUGCUGUUCCAGCAGUCCAUCAAAGCAGCCCAGUACGUCCACAGCCACCCCAUCACAGCCCAAGGCAUGUUUGUCUCUGCCGCAGCCAGAGCGCUGCAGCCCCAGUACGGCUACGCCAUGCACCCCCACUGGGUGUCGCUGCUGUGCUCCUCGCUCCCCUACCUGGGGCGCUCAUUGGGGAUCAUCGUGACGCCAUUUAUCAGUCAGGUCUGCAGGAACCUGGACGACCUGGUCAAGCUGCAUGAACAUGAUGGAGGGAAGACGAACCAGAGCUUCAGUGGGAAGAGGGAGAACAUUGCUCCUGACUACCCUCUGACUCUACUCGAAGGCCUGACCGCCAUUACUCAUUACUGCCUCCUGGAUAAUAAAAAGUCCCUGGUUUCCAGCGAUGCAGUGGAUGUUCGUAAUGCGCGCAAUGCUGUGAUCGAGGCGCUGCCCAGCAUGCUCAGCAGCAUGGCAUCGUUAUGGGGCGUGGUCAUGAGGGAGGAGGUGAAGAGGCGGCCGUCCGAUUCCCCCCAGAUGAGCAGACACACCUCUACCUCUGUGUACUUCAAAAGCAACAAGAUCUUGCGACAAAGGAUACUGGAGUUUCUGCUUCCUCUCACUCGUCCACAUGGGGUCCAGCUGAUGGCUUCACUGGGGGUCGUUUGGAGCCACAGGAGGAGCAAAAGAAAACAUAAAAACCAAGUUUUGCCUGUAGCCAGCGAGCCCCGGAUGACCAUCGUGGAGCUGGUGAAAUCGUUAAACACCAUGCAGACAGAGACCAUCCUGCAUUUGGUCAAAGAAGUUGUAAAGAAACCCCAUCAGAUCAAAGGAGAACAGAAAUCAACACUGGUGGAUAUCCCCAUGUUGCAGUUCAGUUAUGCGUAUAUCCAGAGCAUUCCAGCUCAGGCCCUGCAGGAAAACGUUGCUGCUCUCCUCAGUCUGCUACGGGAUUCAGUCCAGCUGAACUUGGCUCCGCCCGGGCACUUCCUCCUGCUGGGGAUCCUUAAUGACUUCGUCAACAGGCUCCCAAACCUGGACAGUAAGAAGGACACCAAGGAUCUGCAGGAGGUGACUCAGCGGAUCCUGGAGGCGGUUGGCGGGAUUGCAGGCUCUUCUCUGGAGCAGACGAGCUGGCUCAGCCGCAGCCUUGAGGUCAAAGUUCAGUCACAGGUCUGCCAAGACGCAGAGGAGCUGGACGAGUCGUAUGUGGACGGAGAACAUCGCGAGUCAGCAGCUCCUGAAAGCACCAUGGUGUCCUCCUCUGCUCCCUCGGUUUACAGUGUGCAGGCACUCAUCCUUCUAGCAGAGAUCCUGGCUCCUCUUCUGGAUAUGGUCUAUCAAAGUGAUGAGAAAGAGAAGGCAGUUCCUCUGAUCUCACGCCUCAUGUACUACGUUUUUCCCUACCUGAAGAACCACAGUGCCUACAACAUCCCCAGCUUUGAAGCCGGAGCUCAGCUGCUCAGCAGCCUCAGUGGGUACGCCUACACCAAGAGAGCCUGGAAGAAGGAGGUCUUUGAGCUCUUCAUGGACCCGCUCUUCUUCACCAUGAAUUCCACCUGUGCAUACAGCUGGAAGUCGAUUGUUGAUCACCUUCUGACCCAUGAGAAGACCAUGUUCAAAGACCUGAUGAGCAUGCAGAGCAGCUCCCUGAAGCUGUUCUCCAGUGCCGAGCAGAAGCCCAUGCUGCUGAAGCGCCAGGCCUUCGCCUUGUUCAGCGGCGAGCUUGACCAGUAUCACCUCUACCUUCCGCUUAUCCAAGAGCGUCUCACAGAGACGCUGCGGAUGAACCCGACCGCCGCCAGUUCAGCCCAGAUGUUCCUGAUGUUUCGUGUCCUCCUGUUGAGGAUCUCAUCACAGCACCUGACGUCCCUCUGGCCCAUAAUGGUCACAGAACUUAUACGCACUUUUACCCGCCUCGAGAAAGCUCUGCAGGCAGAAAAAGACGUCUCAAAAUUGGCUAAAGUUGUGCGUGGAGCCCUGGACAGAAACGGGCCUGUGAACUUCUCUCAGGCAGAUUUGGACAUGUACCUCUCAGCCUGCAAGUUUCUGGACACUUCUCUGGCUUUUCCCCCAGAGAGGAUGCCGCUCUUCCAGAUGUAUCGAUGGGCCUUUGUCCCCGAGGUGGACGAGAGCUGCUACAGCGGUCCGGAGACGACACUUAUUGAAGGUGAAGAGGGCUGCUCCCCACAUGUGGUCCGAGUUCUGGAACGGAUAGAGCAACGUUACAGGACGAUCAACGGGCUGAGCGAGGAAUCCUCCACGGAGCGCCUGGAGUUUCCUCUCCUCACGCAGCGCUCCUUGACCUCCAUCACACAGCUGCUUCCCUUCCUGCGUACGCUUUGCUGCUCCUUCAAGGGCCCCCCCCCUGGCAGCCAGACUCCGCCUCACCUUCCUGUAGCAGAUUACCCCGCAGCGUGUCCACAUGCGGUCCUAAAGAGGCUGGAAGUCAUCAUUGAAGAGGAAUUCCUGGACACCAUGGAGAGUUGAAACCUCAGCUGCAGAAAAGGGAAGAAAACCAAUUUGCAAUGGGCCAAACUGCUGAUAAUUGUGUUAUUGUGAAGUAGUAGAAAGUGAAUUGGUUUAGAAGUUUGCUUUUUAAUGUUUUAACUCGUCUGAUCUUUACAUCUCUACGUGUUCCUCCUAAAUGCAAAAAAAGCUGAACUAGGAAAAUGAAAGGGAUUCUUGGUUUGGUAUUCCCAAGGAGUUUUUUUCUGGUCUAAUGAAUGUUAAUAAAUUACAGAAUCUUUCUUGCCCAAAUUUGGACACAUUGGGGGUUUUUUUUCACACUGUUGAAAAAGAUUGAGAGAAAAAAAAGCCAUAAAAAGCAGUGAAAUAAACAAACGUCAGGAUAAUGCUUAAUGUUUUUUGUAGGCACAAACCUUAAAAUUACUGAUUUUAACUUGACAAAUGGAUGUACUGUGAAGAAACCUUGUUGCUUCGUUGACAUUGGGUUUUGUGGAGGAUUUUUGAGCCGUUUGUUCUGUUUGGAGAGUAAAAAAGGUUUGAUUUUCCAAAUGGAGAACAUGUGGAUUCUGGAUAAGAUGCUAACCAUUCUUUAGCUGCGAAAUAUCCAAAUCAUUAUUAUUAUUAUUAUUAUUGCCAUUUCUUCUAGUUUCUGCUUCUCAAGGCAUCUGUAGUCUUGACAAAGAAUGUAAAAACGCUUGUUUAAAAUGUUGAAAAAUCACUGAAUGUGCUCCGUUUACCCCCCAGCCCCCCAGCCCAACCAAACCUGUGAUGAGCGUCUGCAUUCUCUCUGCUCGCUACUAUUCAUCUCAAAGGGAAAUGACCAAUGCUUUGUAGCUGUUGUCGCUUUUCCAAAUUACAUAAUGUUUAAGUUAUUUUUGAUGUUUAAAGAACCUUAUUCAAUUUUUGUUGCAAGUUAAUAAAAAUUAAGUUAUAUGUUGAA